UUAACUGGAGUCUCUGGCUUCGAUAUCCUUGAUCUUCUGGUUGCAUCGGAUGAGUUCCUCCUAGAAGAAUUAAUUAAACAUGUUCAAAACUACUUUAUUGAGCAUAUGACUUGGCUCGAACAAAAUUUAUUUACAGUCUUAAACACUAUUUUUCAACUCAUUUUUCCGUCUCUCAACAAGGACAUCUUUCUAGAGUUAAUAAAAUACGACGAAUUAAAAAUUGAAGAAGUAAGCGUCUGGGAGCAUCUUAUUAAAUGGGGAAUACAUCAAACUCCCGGGAUUAAGGGGAUGAAAUCUUCAGACGUGAAAAAAUUUUCGGAAAAAAAUUUUAAGGAUUUAAAAAAUACAAUGGGCCCUUUUAUUCCAUAUAUUAGAUUUUAUGAGAUCUCUUCAAAUGACUUCUUUAAUAAGGUUCGCCCGUUUCGAAAAGCUAUGCCAGAAUCGCUCUUUGAGGAUGUCAUGUCCUUCCUAGUGGCUGAGACAGAGCCGAAACAAGAAAAACUUCCCGCACGCAAUGGAAAUGUUAUUGAUGAUUCUAAAAUAAUAACAAGAAGACACGCGGAUAUUAUUUCUAACUUGAUUGAAAAAAGAGAUAAAGUCAAUAAACAAGGGAAAGCGAUUGCAGUUAUCAAAGUAAAGGGUUCUGGGAAAAUAAUUGGUGGAUUUAAUGCAAACGGGUGGAAUCAUAAUCCUAGUAGCUUUAAACAGUUUUAUGGAUCUAUGCAGAUCAUUUCGUAUUUUCCUUUGGUAGUCGAAAUAAUUAUAGAAACAUUAGAAUCGGUCGAUCUGACGGUUCUUACGGUAUAUAUGACAAAAGCGACGUUAUGA